CCCGUCUCCAGCUCCUUCAACGGCUCCGGGACCAAGCGGCUGCCCCAGGCCAUCAUCAUCGGCGUGAAGAAAGGGGGGACGCGGGCGCUGCUGGAGUUCCUGCGGGUGCACCCGGACGUGCGCGCCGUCGGGGCCGAGCCCCACUUCUUCGACCGCAACUACGAGCGGGGACUCGCCUGGUACCGGGACCUGAUGCCCAGGACCCUGGAGGGGCAGAUCACCAUGGAGAAGACCCCCAGCUACUUUGUCACCAAGGAGGCCCCCGCCCGCAUCUCCUCCAUGUGCAGGGGCACGAAGCUGAUCGUGGUGGUGCGGGACCCCGUCACCAGAGCCAUCUCCGACUACACCCAGACGCUCUCCAAGAAGCCCGACAUCCCCACCUUUGAGAGCCUGACCUUCAAAAACAGGACUACGGGCCUGAUCGACACCUCCUGGAGCGCCAUCCAGAUCGGCAUCUAUGCCAAGCACCUGGAGAACUGGCUCCUCUACUUCCCCAUCGGGCAGCUCCUCUUUGUCAGCGGGGAGAGGCUGAUCAGCGACCCCGCGGGGGAGCUGGGCAGGGUCCAGGACUUCCUGGGCCUCAAGAGAAUCAUCACCGACAAACACUUCUACUUCAACAAGACCAAGGGCUUCCCGUGCCUGAAGAAGGCAGAAGGCAGCAGCAAACCCCACUGCCUGGGGAAGACAAAAGGCAGGACCCACCCUGACAUAGACCAGGAGGUGGUGCAGAGGCUGGGGGACUUUUACUGGCCCUUCAAAAUGAAGUUCUACCAGAUGACAGGCCAGGACUUUGGCUGGGACUGAGGCUGGCGUGGGAAAGUCCCCUGUAAUUACCUGCCCAGCAUGGUUUGCGUAUCUAAAGAGAUAUAUAUGUAUGUAAAAUGUACAGAAAUCUAUUUUAUAAUAAUUUAUUUUUAAUUCCUAAGCAAUUAAUUCACUAAGCUGCCUAACCGCACUGGCUAGAACGGUAGCCCGUAACCUGUUUAACAUUCCACAGUGUUUAAUUCUAAUAUGGCCCUCCUUUUUAUUUUUUUUUUCACCCCCCCUCCUGUUUUCUCCUCCUUAUGGUUUGGUUUGUAACAAGACGGUGCUUCCAUUUUUUCCUAAACAGAAUUUGUAUUUUAAAA